AUGGCCAUGUCCAGCGAGGAGUGGGAGGAGAUAGCGGCAUCCAUUCCUUCUGAGGAGGACGCCUUUGUUCAGAAAUACAUUUCUGGCCGCGAGGCCCUCAUCGCACAGGAGAAAAAGCAACGAGCUGACCACUCCUUCAGGCAGAACCUCUCUCCCAUCGCUCAGAGAGCUUGCCGCAUAGUCGACCGCAUCCGUGAUGAGGAGCAGCGCACUCUCUGGACCCCCGAGUACGAGGAUGCCCUGGCCGUGCGUGAGGGCUGCACCAUGCACUCAGGCAUGAUGUUCACCCUGGCCAAGGACUUGAUGGAGCGCACCAAGCUGUGGCGCAUCGUGCGCCGCAUGCCCAAAGGCGCCAUCCUGCACGCUCACCUCGACGCCAUUGUCGACCUGGACUUUGUGUUCCGCACCCUGCUGGACGAGCCAGGCAUGCACAUGAACGCGCCUGGCGCAGAGGAGGGCGGCCUGUCCACCGCCGAGGCCCGCGCCGACGCUGUCGUCACCUUCCGCUUCUUCAAGGAAGAGCGCAACCGAGACACGUCCAUCUGGGAUGCCAAGUCGUACCAGGCAGGGGCGUUUGUGCCGCUGGGCAGGGCUGCCGAGUCGUUUCCCGAGGGCGGGCGCGAGGGCUGGAUCCGCUGGAUGAAGACCAAGACGACCAUCUCGGAGACGGACAGCCUCGAGCAGCACCACGGCGUGGACCACAUAUGGAAGAAGUUCAGCAAGUGUUUUCUGAUCAUGGGCACCGUCAUCCACUACGAGCCCAUCUUUCGCAAGUUCCUGCAGCGCCUGAUGCGCCAGUACUACGACGACGGCGUGUACUGGGGCGAGCUGCGGUUCACCUGGCCGCUCAACUACUACCGCCUCGGCCACGAGGUCCCCGAGACCAACUACAGCCACAUGUUCACCGUCAUCGACGAGGAGCUGGCGCGGUUCAAGGCCUCGCCCGAGGGCCGGGGCUUCUGGGGCCUGCGCAUGAUCUGGACCGCCCUCCGCAUCUGGGAGCAAAAGGCCAUCGUGCAGAACAUGGACCACGCCCUGACCACCAAGAUCGAGUUCCCCCACCUGUUGGCCGGCUAUGACCUCGUCGGCCAGGAGGACCUCGGCCGGCCCCUGCGCGACGUCCUGCCCGAGCUCUUUUGGUUCCGCAAGCAGCUCGCCGACGAGGGCAUGCCCGACGGCAUGCCCUUCUUCUUCCACGCCGGCGAGACCCUCGGCGACGGCACCGCCACCGACCAGAACCUCUUUGACGCCGUGCUGCUGGGCACCCGCCGCAUCGGCCACGGCUUCAGCCUGUACAAACACCCUCUCCUCGUCGACCUUGUUAAGCAGAAGCGCAUCCUCAUCGAGUCGUGUCCCAUCUCCAAUGAGGUCUUGCGACUGUGCGGGAGCAUCAUGUCGCACCCUCUGCCGGCCUUGAUCGCCAGGGGGGUGCCGUGCUCGCUGAGCAAUGACGAUCCGGCCAUGCUGGGCCAGGACACCGCGGGCAUGAGCCAUGACUUCUGGCAGGCCCUCCAGGGCUGGGAGAACCUGGGGCUCGCCGGCCUAGGCAGCCUUGCCGAGAACAGCGUCCGCUGGUCCUGCUUCGAGGACCAGACCGCAGACGAGUGGGCCAACGGGAUCAAGGAGGCCAGCUUGGGUAGCGGAAUCAAGGCGCAGCGUCUGCAAGAGUGGCGGGUCCUUUGGGAGGAGUUUUGUCUCUGGGUGUGUGAGGAAUAUGGGGAGACGUAUGGCGAGGCGUGA